AGCCCAGCCAGCCUGAUGACCACCAUGGACGACGAAGCGCGCCAAGCAGUGGCCAGCAUGAAGAUGCCGCGACGCCCUAUCAACUUUGUGCCUGCGACGUCAGGUGAAAUGCUCAAACUAGGGCACAUUACGUGCCGCAUCAUGGAAGACGGGUCUAGAACGGACAAUCGCAUCGGCAGCGCCGAGUUCACGCUGCCGCCGAAGACUGCGGGCCCGCCGGCGCAUUGGCACGAGAUGCAUGAUGAGACAUUUCUCGUGACCAAGGGCACCGUCCGAUUCCACGCUCCAGACGGCGCUGAAUACGAUGCCCAUGUUGGCGACUACGUUACGGUGCCUAUUCGCGCGCCACACACGUUUUCCAACCCUACAAAUGAAGAAGCAAAGUUUUUCAACACCUUCACGCCGGCGUUUUACAUUGACUAUUUCAAGAUGCUGGCCGACAUGAGCAAGACGGACGCCGUCAUGAGCAAGGAGAAGAACCUCGAGGCCAUGAGCCGCUUUGCCACCAUUCCCGCAAAGGACAUGAUGGGGGACGGUGGGAGCAAGUAGUGGUGUGCGGAAACGAGGGGAGGGGGGCGGAACUCCAAGGAACAUCAACUGUCAGCCUCCACUGACACAUGGCUGACAAACACAGUCCGCUCGGCAGCGGAGCCGUGCUCGUGCCGACGGACGAUACCAGCGUUGAGCCCAUUCAGCCACAAUGAGCAGACCUGGGUACCAAUAUGAAGAAUGAUAUACGUACAUGUCAC